AUGACAAACAAGGUCAACAUGGAGGAGAUAAUCGCCUACAACAUGAAGGCCAAGUCCUACUGCCCAUAUGAUUUGAGCGUUCUCCGAUCAGUAUUUCAUCACAUUCACUACAACCAAGGCUAUCAGUAUUUCAUCACAUUCACUACAACCAAGGCUAAGGACUCAUAUGCUAUUCUCGACUCUAGAUAUCUUCUUCGACUUUUGUCAGCAGGAGUUCCUCCACUUCGGGCAGUAAAAGUACUGAAUGGAAUGCCAUGCUACCUCGUCUACACUGGGUAUGUUUUCGAUGGAUUUUGCCAAAAAUUUGAUAUCAAGCGGGAUAAGUAUGUUUUCAGGAAAAAACUGCUCAUGAGUCUCCCGGUACAGGAACUUGAAAAACUGACAUGCUGUAACAUUUAUCUUUGCCCAGAGAAUGACAUGGUUGCCGUUAUGGGUCCAAUUCGAGGAAUGAAGCUAGUUAGAAAGAUUGUGGAAGACUGCAUUGUUCAUAAUAUGCCUCCGGCACCUCGUGUAAGGAGGCUUGCAAAUUACAUUCAAGCGAUUAAAGGUGUUGAGGGGUUGAGGUUAUGA